AUGAACGUCCUUGAAAGCCAAGUUACCGACCUCAACUCCCUUGUCGAAAGCCCCAUCGCGACCGUAUCAGGCAUCAUGAAUGGCCAGCGGCACACCUCCAGUGCGGAGAGUCCCGCGGAUGCUGCUGGAGAGGGCGGAAAGAAAAGAAAACCGGACGAUUCCCCCAGUGUCAACGGCACUACCCAUACGAGGGCGAAGAGGAAUCGGUAUAUUUCAAUUGCUUGUAAUGAAUGCAAGCGGCGCAAAAUCAAGUGCAACGGAAAUACGCCCUGCCAACGAUGCGGAAACCUCAAUCUCGAAUGUCAAUACGCGCCCAAUUGCUGCAGCAAUGGCUUCAAAGACUCGGAAGAAUUCCGUCAGAUGAAUGCCCAGCUGGCCUCGCUUCAGGAACAAGUGGACAGUCUAUACGCGAAUUUAAAUGCUCUGAGGGCAAGCGGGGAUGCUAUGGCCUUUGUGCCUCCAUCGGAGAGGUCAAUGUCAAUGUCACAGACUCCGAAUGUACAGCCUAUUUCUCCUAUAGACAAGUAUCGACCCCCACCGCCGAAGCAUCGUUCAUAUCGCGGCCCCACGAGCUCCGCAUUCAGUCUUGAUGUUGCGAAGAACACACUGCAUAGUAUGGGAUAUCAAGGGCUUGGUGUAGAUGAGGGAAUGAUGACCCAAGAUGCUACUCCCCUCGCCUCUCCUCCAGCAAUCCAACCGCCACCUCUGCCUAAUACCAACAGUAAUCCUAGCAAAGAUCCUCUCUGGUCACUGAGUAAGGAAGAAAUGAUCCGACUCUGUCGGGUCUACGAAGAAGAAAUGGGUAUCAUGUACCCGGUGGUAGACAUCGACCAAACCAUCAUCCACGGAACGAAUCUCUACGAGUAUCUUGGGGCAGCCGUACGGAACGGUCUUGUCACCCCGUCACCUCCGGGCAAAGGAAUAAACGACGAACAAUCUCUUGCCUUGAAAAUGGUGCUGGCGUCUGCGACGUUGACCGAGGGUAAUGGCCAGAGUGAAAUUGGGUAUCGUUUGUUUGAAAGUGUUAGGGAGGCUGCGGAUCGGAUUUUGCACAGCGAGGCAAUUGAAGUCAAAAAUCUCUCGUUCCUCGUUCUUGUGGCCAUAUACCAUUUUCAUUGUGAUCAAGAAGCGCUAGCAUGGCGUAUAAUCGGGCAGGUUGCUCGAAUGUGCAUCGAGUUAGGCUUACAUCGGCGGGAUUCCCUUUUCAAGAUAAUACCGAACGCGGCAGAACGCUCGAACGCCAUCAAAUUAUUCUGGUCUAUCUACGUUCUGGAUAGACGGUGGAGCUUUGGAACUGGUCUGCCAUUUGCCUUGCAAGAUGCUGAUAUUGACCCUAACUUGCCGGAACCUGAACUGGGUAUUCAAUAUCUCAACGUAAUGAUCGCGUACUCCCGGAUCGGCUCCAAGGUUUGGCGAUCAGUCUGUUCCUUCUCACCCAACCCCAAUCCCAUAAACAUUGAAGAAAUCGGAUAUCUCGACUACCAAAUAAACCAAUGGCAGAAGAACAUCCCCCAGGACCUGCAACUCCCCACAGCUGCCUCGCCACAACCAGCAUCUCGCGCAAUCCGUCGUCUCCAAAUCCUCCUCUACCUCCGUACCAAUCAAAUGCGCAUCCUGAUCUACCGCCCUGUCCUCCACAGCGCCGUCUCCAUCCAAGAAAACCACUCGUACGCCACGACUGUCGUCUCCCUCGCCAAAGAUACUAUUCGCGCUCUCACACACCUAAAUCGAACGUCAGACAUCUACAGUACCCAGCAAGUCUGCUUCAACUACUUCCUCACCUCCGCCAUCGCCGUGCUAUUCCUUGCCUCUUGCCAUGCACCUGUCCAUUUUAGUUCGUUCUGUAGAGAGGAAUUCUACAUGGCGCUUGAUCUUGUUAAGGGGUUUAGUAAUAAAUCUUGGAUUAGCAAGAGGUUAUGGAGAACUAUCAAGGGACUUAAGGAAAUUGGACCGAAACUAGGGCUUGUGAGCGAUGUGAGAACCGAAGAGGAGGAUCCGCAUUCCUCUGCUGCACUUGCGAUGGCUGGCCUGGCUGGACAUGAGAUUUCGGGAAUAGGCAACGGUUUCGUGCAGGAUAAUGGUAAUGGUGGUGGAAUUAGUGGGCUGAAUGGGAGUGGGAAUGGAAAUGGAAAUGGGAACGGGAACAGCCCGGAUGGAUUCCAGAUGAGUCAUGAUAUGACCAGCCUUUUUGAAGCGGCGUUGGGGAGUGUGGGGAUCAAUAAUGGGAAUGGCGGCCCUGGCAAUGCAGGUGCAGUUGGGAACGGCAAUGGAGGGUAUAUCCCGAUGCAGGAUGGCGAUGCCCUUGGGGGCGGCGUUGGGAGUAAUGUGUUUGGUGGGGACGAGGAGUUGUAUAAGCAGUUGAAAGACCUUUUUUAG